AUGACUAUGGUUUCCACUAUUUCGUAUAGAUUUAACGUCAACGGCCAGCUAACUGACAUCCUGGAAGCGAAAAUGGGGCUUAGACAAGGUGAUCCGAUAUCACCUUUGCUGUUUGUCAUUGUUAUGGAAUGUUUGAAUAGGUACUUAUACAAGAUGCAGGAGGACUGUGACUUCAAUUUUCACCCAAAAUGCGAAAAAUUGAAAAUCACAAACCUAUGCUUUGAGGACGACUUACUUAUGUUUGCCAGAGGAGAUAAGGUGUCAGUUGAAAAGAUGAUGAAUACUUAUGGGAUGUUUUCGAAGGCUACCGGUCUCGUAGUAAAUCCGCAAAAGUGUCGAAUGUACUGUGCUAGCAUGGAUGAUCUGAAUAAGCAGAAUAUUCUCAGAGCAUCGGGGUUCCAAGAGGGUCAGCUGCCUUUUAAGUACCUGGGGGUGCCGGUAACAGGUAAAAAACUCUCUGUUUGUCAUUUUGCACCAUUAAUUGACAAGAUCGUGGGCAAGAUAAAGCAUUGGACCGCGAGGCUGUUGACAUAUGCGGGGAGACUGCAACUCAUUAACAGUAUUAUGUUUGCAAUGACUCAUUAUUGGCUCACUUGUUUUCCUUUCCCCAAAACUGUUCUUCAUAGAAUAGAUUCGAUUUGUCGCAUUUUCCUCUGGACAGGAGGUUUUGUAGGGAGCCGUAAAGCUCCAGUAGCUCGGCAGCAGAUUUGUAGCCCUCGUAGCCAUGGUGGUUUAAACGUCGUUGACCUUGAAGCUUGGAAUAAAGCAACUAUAAUGAAGCUGCUUUGA